ACUUUAAAGGAAGAAAUUAAUCUCCUCCUGAGGACAUAGGUGGCCAAGAAAGUGUAUGUAUGUAAAAUGUAGAAGGGACACUUUAACCACUGACUGCAUCUCUUUCCAGAAUGGGUAAAAGAUAAAGAAAGAAGCAGAACCUCCUCAUAAGGAUGUGUUUGAUCCAUUAAUAAUUGAAAGCAAAAAUUUAGCAACUGUUGUAUUAAUGCUUAAUUCUCCAGAAGAAGAAAUUUUGGCAAAAGCAUGUGAAGCAAUUUAUAGAUUUGCUUUGAAAGGUGAGGAAAAUAAAGCAACCCUCUUUGAACUUGGAGCUGUGGAACCUUUAACUAAACUGCUCACCCAUGAAGACAAAAUUGUCAGAAGAAACGCUAAUAUGAUAUUUGGAAUCCUGACUUCUAAUAGUGAUGUUAAAAAAUUGUUAAGGGAGUUGGAUAUCUUGAGUUUUGUUAUUGCUCAGCUGGCUCCAGAAGAAGAAGUAAUUAUCCAUGAGUUUGCUAGUCUUUGCCUAGCAAACAUGUCUGCUGAGUACACCAGCAAAGUGCAAAUAUUUGAAUACGGCGGAUUAGAGCCACUCAUCAGACUAUUGAGCAGCCCUGACCCUGAUGUGAAGAAGAAUUCUAUUGAGUGCAUUUACAACUUGGUCCAGGAUUUUCAGUGUCGAGCUACACUUCCAGAGCUAAAUGCAAUCCCUCCUAUAUUAGAGCUCUUGAAUUCAGAAUAUCCAGUUAUUCAGCUGUUGGCUCUCAAAACCUUAGGUGUUAUUACAAAUGAUAAGGAGUCACGAGUAAUACUAAGAGACUAUCAAGGAGUGGACCAACUUAUUAAGAUCCUAGAAAGUAAGGACUUGAGUGACCUUCAUAUAGAAGCACUUUUAGUGAUAGCCAAUUGCCUUGAAGAUAUGGAUACUAUGGUGCUGAUUCAUCAGACUGGGGGUCUUAAGAAGCUCCUAACAUUUGCAGAAAACUCUACAAUUCCUGAUAUUCAGAAGAAUGCAGCAAAAGCAAUCACUAAAGCAGCAUAUAAUUGUAUGUCUCAUUUUAUACAAACUAAACAUACAUGUUUCCUCUUGUAUUCGUGGCUUUGAUUAUUAGCAAACAUUAGA